AUGUGGAGGUUACAAGUCACUACAAUACUAGAGUUGAGAGCCAGCAUGGAAGGAGUGGUGCCUCUUGUGUUGUGGACUGCAAGCUUCAUACUCAUAGUCAAUGCACAACAGAAGCUGAUGAGAGUUCAAAAAACGAAGGAUUCCAGAAAAUACUGCAGCACGUGGGGAAUGUAUCACUUUAAGACCUUUGAUGACAGAAAUUUCAAUUUUGAAGGACAAUGUGCAUAUGAUUUCUCCAUGGACUGCCACUCUGAAUUUCCUUUCUUUCACAUCAUCAUACACAGAUCUACUGGAGGAGAAGGCAACAUAGUAUACUUUACAGCAAAAAUUGAUGAUGUCUAUGUGGUUGUGAGUCCAGCAGGAAUCCUCAUAGAUGGCAAAGACUUCAUCGAUUAUGAAAAAAAGAAUGGAAUUGAAGUAAAAGACACUUGUGAAAACCUUGAAAUCUUAGGAAAUGGUAUAAAAGUUAUCUGGAACUGGGGGGAUAGCCUUAAGGUGGAAUUAGAAGAACAGUACAUGAAGAAGGUCUGUGGAUUGUGUGGCGAUUAUGAUAACAAUGGAAUGAAUGAUAUCCAGUGGAGAGGUCUCAAUGUUUCUGAUGUGCUUUUUGGCAAUCUUCACAAGGCAAGUGAUCCUACAGAAGACUGUCCAGAUGUUGUUGAUAACACUCAAGAACAAGGCUCUCAUCAGCUUGAUGAUGAAUGUAAGAAUAAGAGAGAUCAAUGUGAGACCAUCAUGUCACAAAUGGGAGACUGCAAGUAUAAAAUGCACAGUUACAAAAUCUAUAGGGAUACUUGCACAGAGGACUUGUGUAAAUGCGAUGAGAAAAACCAAACCAUAUGUCUGUGCAGUAACCUGAACCAGUUUUCCAAAGCAUGUCUGGAGGCAAAAGGACACCCUGGAAUGUGGAGACGUCCAGAUUUCUGCUAUAUAAGCUGCCCCAACACCAUGGCAUUCUUUGAAUGUACUUCACCUUGUCUUAAUACUUGUUCCAACCCUACGGCUAGUAAACUGUGUACUGAGCUGUGCAAAGAGGGAUGUUCUUGUCCACCAGGAACUGUUCUGGAUGAUGUGACUAACAAUAAGAAAUGUGUGAAACUAAAUCAAUGCCCUUGUGCCCAUAAUGGUAAAAUAUACAAGCCUGGAGAAUCGUACUCAGCUGCCUGUCAGAAAUGCACUUGUAUUUUGGGUCAGUGGACAUGCAGUCAAGUUUCCUGUUCUGGAAACUGCACUCUAAAAGGAGGAUCACACAUACAGACAUUUGACGAAAAGGAAUAUAAUUUCCAUGGCAAUUGCCAGUACUUGAUGUCCAAGGAUGCAGAUAACAAAUUUGCUAUAAUAGCUAAAAUUAUACAGUGUGGAAUGACCGAGACCGUGACGUGCCUCAAUACUAUUUACAUCAAUUUAGAACGCAUGAAAAUAAAAAUCUGUUAUUGUGGAAAUGUAUAUAUCAACAAUUUUUUGGUUGCCUUGCCAAAAAUCACCGAUAAAAUAGCUAUCUAUAAACGCUCAGCUUUCUACGUUUAUAUUGUGACGUCAUUUGGUCUUAGUGUGAAAGUCCAGGUGAAGCCGGUCUUUCAACUUUUCAUCUCACUGAAUUCUACAUUUCAGAACAGAACCCUGGGUCUUUGUGGUAACUUUAAUGGAAUUGAAGGAGAUGACCUAACGACCAUUAGUGGGGUGGUAGAGGAUGCAGUGUCAGAUUUUGGCAAUUCCUAUAAAAUUCAAGCCAGCUGCAGUGAUGUGCCUGACUAUUUUGAAAAUCCAUGCUCCAAGAACAUCAAUAAAGAGGAAUAUGCAAAACACUGGUGCUCUCAUCUGGUGCUCUCACCCAUCUUUGCUCCUUGCCAUGAAGAACUGGAUCCCAAACCAUACCAGAAACACUGUAUAUAUGAUGCAUGUAACUCAGAGCACAGUGAGGAAGCUGUGUGCACCUGGCUUGGAGACUAUGCAGAUGAAUGUAGAAGCCAAAAUGUGUUGCUAAAAGACUGGAGAUGGAGAUAUAAUAUUUGUGAUCCUGGCUGUCCCGAAACCAUGGUGUUCAUGUCUAACCCAAGACAAUGCAAUUUUACCUGCAACUCUUUAGCAGAACCAGACAUUCUCUGUCAUUUCAUGGCUGAUCCAAGAGAAGGCUGCAGCUGUCCAGAAGGGACUUACCAGACUCAAAAUGAAAAGUGUGUGCCCCCCGAGGAUUGUCCUUGCAACUACAAAGGGCGAACUGUUCCAGCUCGUCAAACAUUUAAAAUAGACGAGAUCCUGUGUAAAUGUAUACGUGGAAUUUUGGAAUGUCCAAUAGCAGAUGAGGAGAUCAAAGCCUGCAAACCACCUAUGUAUUAUUAUGACUGCAGUUCUCCUAAUCCGGAUACAGUGGGCUCACAGUGUCAGAAAAGCUGCAAAACCCAAGACAUGGAAUGCUACAGCAACGAAUGUGUGAUAGGAUGUGUCUGCCCUAAAGGUCUAGUAUCUGAUGACAAUGGUGGCUGCAUCCCCCCAAGCGAGUGUCCAUGUGUAUAUAGAGGGAAGUUUCAUGACACGGGAUCGACAAUAAACAUAUCCUGCAAUACAUGCACUUGUAAGAACAGGACAUGGGAUUGCACAAUGGAGCAUUGCUCCAAGACCUGCACAUUAUAUGGAAAUGGACAUCUCAUCACCUUUGAUCAGGCCCGGAUUGAUAUCAGUGGUGGUUGUGACUACAUCUUAUCUCAGGAUUUCUGCCCAAACAAUAAUCAUGAUGGAUCCUUUCAAAUCUUCAUAAAGCACAUUCUCUGUGGACACACCAACACCAUAUGUUCUCUCCAAAUCCGAAUUAUCUUGCUGAACAUAACUAUAGACAUAUAUGAAGGACGAGUAGAGGAAAUAACAAAACAUAAUAACGGACCUAAAGAUAAUUCUUACAGUAUUACGUUAAUGGGGCAACACAUUGUCUUUGUAACAGAGUACCUAACUCUGAUGUAUGAUCAGAAGAUGACCGCUACUGUCCUACUGUCAAACACAACUGAGGGGACAGUCUGUGGACUAUGUGGAGAUAAUGAUGGACGAGAAGUGAAUGACCUCACAUCUCCCUGGUCACAAGGAUGUAUUCAGGAAAGAUCAAGAUCUGAGUCUCCAUGUGACACCAAUCCUGAAAAGCUUGCCUGGGCCCAAAAGCACUGCAACCUCAUCAACAGUGAAGUUUUUGCUUCCUGCAACACACUGGUGGACCCCAUUCCAUUCUAUGAGACAUGCGUUGAAGAUACCUGUACUUGUAGCAAUGAUAUAGGGGACUGUGAAUGUCUAUGCACCUCCAUAGCUGCGUAUUCUGCGGAAUGUAGAAGACAUGACAUCUGUAUAAAAUGGAGAACUCCAAGCAUCUGCCCUGUGUUCUGUGACUACUACAACAUGGAUGGACAUUGUGUCUGGCACUAUGACCCUUGUGGCACUCCCUGCCUAAAGACUUGUCUGAAUCCCGAUGAUUGCCAAAAGAUGGAGAAGCUUGAAGGCUGUUACCCAAAGUGCAGUAAUGAGCGACCCUACUUUGAUACGGAGAACCAAAUUUGUGUCGAUAAACUGAACUGUUCAGUUUGUACGGACAAACUUUGUGAUGAACAUACAGGAGAAUGCUUGUGUUGCUAUCUUGGAAAGACUUACCGUAAUGGAGAACCAAUCACUGAAAUGAUUGAUGGACAGCUAUGUAUCACUGGAUACUGCAUAGAGGGACUUCUUAAAGACAUUGACAUGGCUUGUGGAUAUUUCACAUCCCAAACUACAGCUUUGACUGUUACACCAGAAGCUUUUACACAGACUCUUCCAAAGAAAACUGCUACAUUAAUUUCUGAAAUUACAAAAACAGAUCUGUCCAAAUAUACACAUAGUGCCUUGCCUUAUACUAAUGCCUCAACAACAACACCAAAAAUAUAUUCCUCAACAAAAAUAGUUACCGUCAGUGUUUUAAGUCAAAGUCAGCCAGUUACCGGAAGAGACAGUAGCUUUCUAUCAGGAAAAGUAACUGAAUCAACAUCUACUACUCUAAUAUCCUCACCAUACGUUUAUGCACCUACAACUCUCCCAUCAAGUGCCACCAAGCUAAGUACAUCUAUUUCUACAAAAGAAGCUACUCAAUCUCCAAUACCAACCUCCCUCCCUAAAACAACUCAUACAACACCAGUUAAAUCAACUUAUCCAGCACUCGUAUCAAACACUACAACCAUAUCUUUACCAUAUCUAAAGGGGAGCACAACUUUAAAAACUAAAAUGACAGUGAUUGGUACCAUUCCCCUUAUAACAUCAAAGACAACUAAAUUACAUACUUCUACUCAGUCCACAAUAAAAACAGUCCUCUCUAAAACAACACCUUACACAACCACUUUUCAACGUGUCACUUCCAAAUAUACAGUCUCGCCACCGUUUUCUAUAGCGCUUACAAUUUUCAAAACUAAAGUGACUAGUACCACUCCAACAUCAAGUACAGCCAAGCUUAGUACUUCUAUUUCUACAAAAGAAUCUACUCAGUCCACAAAACAAAUAUUCCUCCCUAAAACAACUCACACAACACCGGUUAAAUCAACUUAUCCAGCAUUUACAUCAAAGACUCCAACUAUAUCUUCACCAUAUCUAAAGGGAAGCACAUCUUUGAAAACUAAAAUGACAGUGACUGGUACCACUCCUCUCACAACAUCAGAAACAACCAUGUUACGUACUUCUACUCAGUCUACAAUACAAACAGUCCUUUCAAAAACAACACCUCAAACAACCACUUUUCGACGUGUCACUUCCAAGUCCACAAUCUUGCCACCAUAUUCUAAAGCACCCACAACUGUCAAAACUAAAGUAACUAGUACCACUCCAAAAAAAUCAAGUACAGCCAAGCAAAGUACUUCCAUUUCUACAAAAGAAACAACUUUAUUCAGAAAACAAAUAUCCGUCCCUAAAACAACUCACACAACACUGGUUAAAUCAACUUAUCCAGCAUUCACAUCAAAGACUACAAUUAUAUCUUCACCAUAUCCAAAGGUAAGCAGAUCUUUGAAAACUAAAAUGAGAGUAACUGGUACCACUCCCCUCAAAACUUCAGAAACAACUAAGUUACGUACUUCUACUGAGUCCACAAUAAAAACAGUCCUUUCUAAAACAACACCUCAUGCAACCACUUUUGAACAUGUCUCCUCCAAAUCAACAGUGUUGCCACCAUAUUCUAAAAUGCACAAAACUUUAAAAACUAAAGGGACUAGUGUUACUCCAACAUCAUCAAGUACAGCCAGGCUAAGUACUUACAUUUCUACAAAAGCAACUACUCCUUUCACAGAACAAAUGUCCCUCCCUAAAACAACUCGCACAACACCAGUUAAAUCAACUUAUCCAGCACUCAUGUCCACAAUAAAAACAGUCCACUCUAAAACAACACCUUAUAGAACCACUUUUCAACAUGUCACUUUGAAAUCUACAGUCUCACCACCAUUUUCAAAAGCUCACACAACUUUAAAAACCAAAGUGACUAGUACCACUUCUCUAUCAAGUGCAAGCAAUUUAAGUACUUCCAUUUCUACAAAAGAAACUACUCAAUUAACAAAACAAAUAUCCCUUCCUAGGACAACUCAUACAACACCAGUUGAAUCCACUUAUCCAGCACUUGUAUUAAACACUACAACUAUAUCUUCACGCUAUACAAAGAGGAGCACAACUUUGAAAACUAAAAUGACAGUGACUGGUACCACUCCCCUUAUAACUUCAAAGACAACCAAGUUAAGUACUUCUACUGAGUCCACAAUAAAAUCAGUCCUUUCUAAAACAACACCUCAUGCAACCACUUUUGAACAUGCCUCCUCUAAAUCAACAGUGUUGCCACCCUAUUCUAAAAUGCACAAAACAUUAAAAACUAAAGUGACUAGUGUUACUCCAACAUCAUCAAGUACAGCCAGGCUAAGCACUUACAUUUCUACAAAAGCAACUACUCCUUUCACAGAACAAAUGUCCCUCCCUAAAACAACUCGCACAACACCAGUUAAAUCAACUUAUCCAGCACUCAUGUCAAAGACUACACCUAUAUCUUCAUCAUAUCCAAAGGGAAUCACAACUUUGAAAACUAAAACGACAAUGACUGGUACAGUUCCCCUGAUAACAUCAAAAACAACUAAGUUACAUACUUCUACUCAGUCCACAAUACAAGCAGUCCUUUCUAAAACAACACCUCACACAACCACUUUGCAGCAUGUCACUUCCAAAUCAACAAUAUUGCCACCAUAUUCUAAAGCACCCACAACUUCCAAAACUAAAGCAACUAGUGCCACUCUAACAUCAUCAAGUACAGCCAAGCUAAGUACUUCCAUUUCUACAAAAGCAACUACUCCUUUCACAGAACAAAUGUCCCUCCCUAAAACAACUCGCACAACACCAGUUAAAUCAACUUAUCCAGCACUCAUGUCCACAAUAAAAACAGUCCACUCUAAAACAACUCCUUAUAGAACCACUUUUCAACAUGUCACUUUGAAAUCUACAGUCUCACCACCAUUUUCAAAAGCUCACACAACUUUAAAAACCAAAGUGACUAGUACCACUUCUCUAUCAAGUGCAAGCAAUUUAAGUACUUCCAUUUCUACAAAAGAAACUACUCCAUUAACAAAACAAAUAUCCCUCCCUAAGACAACUCAUACAACACCAGUUGAAUCCACUUAUCCAGCACUUGUAUCAAACACUACAACUAUAUCUUCACGCUAUACAAAGAGGAGCACAACUUUGAAAACUAAAAUGACAGUGACUGGUACCACUCCCCUUAUAACUUCAAAGACAACCAAGUUACGUACUUCUACUGAGUCCACAAUAAAAUCAGUCCUUUCUAAAACAACACCUCAUGCAACCACUUUUGAACAUGCCUCCUCCAAAUCAACAGUGUUGCCACCAUAUUCUAAAAUGCACAAAACUAUAAAAACUAAAGUGACUAGUGUUACUCCAACAUCAUCAAGUACAGCCAGGCUAAGCACUUACAUUUCUACAAAAGCAACCACUCCUUUCACAGAACAAAUGUCCCUCCCUAAAACAACUCACACAACACCAGUUAAAUCAACUUAUCCAGCAUUCAUGUCAAAGACUACACCUAUAUCUUCAUCAUAUCCAAAGGGAAUCACAACUUUGAAAACUAAAACGACAAUGACUGGUACAGUUCCCCUGAUAACAUCAAAAACAACCAAGUUACAUACUUCUACUCAGUCCACAAUAAAAGCAGUCCUUUCUAAAACAACACCUCACACAACCACUUUGCAGCAUGUCACUUCCAAAUCAACAAUAUUGCCACCAUAUUCUAAAGCACCCACAACUUCCAAAACUAAAGCAACUAGUACCACUCUAACAUCAUCAAGUACAGCCAAGCUAAGUACUUCCAUUUCUACAAAAGAAACUACUCCAUUCACAGAACAAAUAUCCCUCCCUAAAACAACUCACACAACACCAGUUCAAUCAACUUAUACAGCACUCAUAUCCAACACUUCAAUUAUAUAUUCACCAUAUUCCAAAGCAUCCACAAUUUUGAAAACUAAAAUGAAAGUGACUGGUACCAUUCCCCUUACAUCAAAGACAACCAAACUCCCACAACUUUCAAAACUAAAGUGA